GGGCCAGAGGGUGAGGGAUCUUUGACCGAGGUAGUAAGACACUGCCCCUCUUCGUUUUCUUCUUCCCUACUUCAUCUAGAGCUAGGAAUACUAGCAAAGAACCAAAAGGCUUAUAUUUGUGCGAGCUAAAGAACCCCAGAGAAAAGAAAAAUCCAUUCUUGACCACAGUAAAGAUGGCGAAAUCCGCUUAGUGCUCGUGCUAGAUUGGGGUUACGUAGAAAGGCGUGCUGCAAACCAGCUCCCCACGGCUCUGGGUAGGUUGUGAUUCUGCAAGCUGCAGCACGGAGACCUCGGCUGGACGCGACGGAGGUCACACCUCCGCUACUUCUAAGAGCUUCGGGUUCUUCGGCCUGCCUUCAGUCUUUCGGUGUCCAGAACCAGACUGACUUUGAAUUUGCUUUGCCCCUAUGUGUACCAGAAUCAGUGCUGCAUAGUUUGACCUGAUAGGACUGACUUUCCAAAUGAACCAUUUUAGUUACGUCGCCAAGAAGUAUGAUUUGAAUGAAACUUUAACUUUCACAAGUUUUCAGAUAUUUUUAACCUGAGUUCUCAGCUGUCUGCAGUUACUCAUUACCUGAGGGUGCACAGCCCUGAGGGGAGGGAUAAGCACUGCGGAUCAUAGAUGCUCUGAGAACCCACUACCGUAUAAUCUACCUUUGAAAUCACUCCGUGCUGGCAGCCCCGAAAGGGAGCGUAAACCAGGGACUUGAUAUCAUGCAGCAGAAGAGCAAAUUAUUUCUCCGAGCUUUGAAGUAUAGUAUUCCUCACCUUGGGAAAUGCAUGCAGAAACAGCAUUUGAAUCACUGUACCUUCGCUGAUCAUUAUUACAGUAGAAUAAAAUUGAAAAAAUAUCACCUAACCAAGUGUCCGCAGAAUAAACCCAAGAUAUCAGAGUUAGCAAGAAACAUCCCAAGUCGGAGCUUCUCAUGUAAGGAUUUUCCACCAAUUAAACAAGAAAACGAACCAUCCCUUUUAGAAAACAUGGAUGCAUUUGAAAAAGUGAGAACAAAAUUAGAAACACAGCCACAAGAAGAAUAUGAAAUCAUCAAUGCAGAGGUUAAACAUGGUGGUUUUGUUUACUAUCAAGAGGGUUGCUGCUUGGUUCGUUCAAAAGAUGAAGAAGCAGACAAUGAUAAUUAUGAAGUUUUGUUCAAUUUGGAGGACCUUAAAUUAGACCAGCCCUUCAUCGAUUGUAUCAGAGUUGCUCCUGAUGAAAAAUAUGUAGCUGCCAAGAUAAGAACUGAAGAUUCUGAAGCAUCUACCUGUAUAGUAGUGAAGCUCAGUGAUCAGCCUGUAAUGGAAGCUUCUUUCCCAAAUGUGUCCAGUUUUGAAUGGGUAAAGGAUGAGGAGGAGGAGGAUGUUCUAUUCUAUACUUUCCAGAGGAACCUCCGCUGUCAUGAUGUGUAUCGAGCCACUUUUGGUGAUAACAAACGUAAUGAACGUUUUUACACAGAAAAAGACCCAAGCUAUUUUGUGUUCCUUUAUCUUACAAAAGAUAGUCGUUUCCUCACCAUAAACAUCAUGAACAAGACCACUUCUGAAGUGUGGUUGAUAGAUGGCCUAAGUCCUUGGGACCCACCAGUACUUAUCCAGAAGCGAAUACAUGGGGUCCUUUACUACGUUGAACACAGAGAUGAUGAAUUAUACAUUCUCACUAAUGUCGGCGAGCCCACGGAAUUCAAGCUAAUGAGAACAGCAGCAGAUACACCUGCUAUCAUGAACUGGGAUUUAUUUUUCACAAUGAAGAGAAAUACCAAAGUCGUAGACUUGGACAUGUUUAAGGAUCACUGUGUUCUCUUCCUGAAGCACAGCAACCUACUUUAUGUUAACGUGAUUGGUCUGGCGGAUGAUUCAGUUCGGUCUCUAAAGCUCCCUCCUUGGGCCUGUGGAUUCAUAAUGGAUACAAAUUCAGACCCAAAGAACUGUCCCUUUCAGCUUUGCUCUCCAAUACGUCCCCCCAAAUAUUACACAUACAAGUUUGCCGAAGGCAAGCUGUUUGAGGAAACUGGGCAUGAAGACCCAAUCACAAAGACUAGUCGUGUUUUACGCCUAGAAGCCAAAAGCAAGGAUGGAAAAUUAGUACCGAUGACUGUUUUCCACAAAACGGAUUCUGAGGACUUGCAGAAAAAACCUCUCCUGGUGCAUGUAUAUGGAGCUUACGGAAUGGAUUUGAAAAUGAAUUUCAGGCCUGAAAGGCGGGUGUUGGUGGACGAUGGAUGGAUAUUAGCAUAUUGCCACGUUCGGGGUGGUGGUGAGUUAGGCCUCCAGUGGCACGCUGAUGGCCGUUUAACUAAAAAACUCAAUGGCCUCGCUGACUUAGAAGCUUGCAUUAAGACGCUUCAUGGCCAAGGCUUUUCUCAGCCAAGCCUAACAACGCUGACCGCUUUCAGUGCUGGAGGGGUGCUUGUGGGAGCGUUGUGCAAUUCUAAUCCAGAACUCCUGAGAGCUGUGACUUUGGAGGCCCCUUUCUUGGAUGUUCUCAACACCAUGAUGGAUACCACGCUUCCCCUGACGCUAGAAGAAUUAGAAGAAUGGGGGAAUCCUUCAGCUGAUGAAAAACACAAGAACUACAUAAAGCGUUACUGUCCCUACCAAAAUAUUAAACCUCAGCAUUAUCCUUCGAUUCACAUCACAGCUUAUGAAAAUGAUGAACGUGUACCUCUGAAAGGAAUUGUAAACUAUACUGAGAAACUCAAGGAAGCUGUUGCGGAGCACACUAAGGACGCGGGUGAAGGCUAUCAGGCCCCCAAUAUUAUUUUAGACAUUCAGCCUGGAGGCAAUCACGUGAUUGAGGAUUCUCACAAAAAGAUUACAGCCCAAAUCAAAUUCCUGUAUGAGGAACUUGGACUUGACAGCACCAGUGUUUUCGAGAAUCUUAAGAAAUAUCUAAAAUUCUAAGAUGUUGUAUUCAAUGGGGAUUGGAAACGUGCUGAAAUAUUUCGUAGUUUUAUUUGCUAUUGGGUUAGCAAAAGUGAAGUUUUUUUUUUAAGUUAGUGAAUAGUUUAUAAAAAUUUGCCUCUCUCCAAAUUCUGUUAAUGUACCUCUCACUUACACUGUUCUCCCUUGAUGUAUAUGCCCCGUAACCUGGGAAAGUAGUUUUCUAAUCAUGCUCCUUAGAAGGACGUGGAGCAGGGGGCGGAGGAAGGAUUGGUCACCGCAGAACCCCCAGCCCCCCGACCAGAACAGCUUUGUUUUUGUCUGUUUUACUAAAAUUUUCUUCAAACAGUUUACACAUCAAGGUCCUGCCUCUUUGCUAGUGAACAUUUUUGGUGGUAAGUGGUGAGUCAUCCUCUAGUUUCUGUGUCUGCAUUUUAUGGAAUAAGAACACUCUUCACAUUAAAAUGCAUUAGAUAUUUCUAAUAAUCUGCAGUCCUAAGGUGUUCUGAUUAUCUCUUUUGAUGCUCUCUCAGUAAAGUUACGAGUUCCUGCAAGCGAUAAUUUUCUUUAAAACAUUUUAUUAUUCUUUAAAAACAUUUUAGAACCUUUCCUAAAGCAGUUACAUUCAAGUUUAUAAAGUGCACCCAGCAGCAUGCUAUACAUGAAUUUAGCGCAAAUGCUUAGAACAGAAUGCCAGCGUCUUCAUCUGUGUCGCAGAGGUGUCUAACACAGGCUGUACAGUAUGCCUAGCACACUGGAGUAGCAUGCCCGAUUGGAGACAAAGCAUCUGUCUCUGAAAUCUGAUUGGUAGUGAAGGAGAUUCUUCGUGCUGUAUUCAAGGAUGAGGCCUUCUCCCUUGUCCACUGUAACACCCUGUGUAUCAACUUCAUUUCCUUUGUUGGCCAAAUUGGUACUUAACCUUAUCCUCACUUUUGUGGGAAUAUUUGAAAUAAUUUCCUUUAGAUUUAACUGUGAUGAUUCUCCAAAAUUCAGAACCAUGAGAAAGAUUCUGUCUAUGCCAUCCAUUUCUCUUGUGUACACCACGAAGUGGCUGUCAGUCCUCAAAUAGCAAAACCAUCCCCUGCUGAGGAGCAGCUCACUGUCACGAAGCAAACUUAAUUCUUGAUAUAACGUUAAUGCUGAUCUGGGCUGAGUCUUUUGGACCUUUAAAAAAAAAAAAGGCAUCAAGAUAAAUGUUUAAUUCUAAGAGUUUUAAAAAACUGUUUCUAGUAUCAAAUAAGAAAUUUCCCCAAAAAAACUUGCUUCAGUUUUGCCCCUUAUAAUAAUCACCAAAUUGUCAGUAUCCAUAAGUAGGGAAGAGUAGUCAUUCAUUUGACUACUGAGGGACAUCGCAAGUGCAGGAUGUCACCUUGUCAUUGCAGUGUGUGCCACAUCUUCGCCAGAGGUGAUGUAGAGACCAAAUUUGACUUCACGUUAGGAAUUCCAAAACACAGGUCCAUGUCUGAGUUAGUGGAUAUUUAAGCUGCCUAAAUGAAGUCCCUUUCUGAUCUGCUAUAACUGGCCCCCCCCCAAAAAAGCAGCCAUGAUGGCCGCGGGCUCUGGGAACUUCUGGGGAACCGGACCCUCCCUGUUCCCUGCUGGAGACAACGUGUAGGUUGCCGUAACUCCAGCUGCCUCAAGUAAUUAAGUUAGUGCUUUUUUAAAAACUGUUGAAAUAACAUAUGUCCAUGAAAAGAGAUUUGGAUUUAUUUAUUAUUAACAACAUACAUAAUUUGACGUUAUAUUUCCCUUGGUGUUUUUUUUUUCCUUUAACAUUUCAAGCAUCUUCCGUUAAUAUAUAACUUCAUAAAUGUUACUUUAAUGGCAUAAUAAUGUUACAUGUCUAUACCAUACAUAACCAUUCCUUUUCAUUUCAAAAUUCAAAUUUCUAAUAUUUUCUUAUAUUCUUAAUGCCCCCAAAUUUGGAUUAUGUGUUUAGGAUAUAAAUAUCAGAAAGACAAUUACUGUGUCAAAGAGUGUGGACACUUGACACAUGAUGCCAAAUUCUUUUUAAGAGCUGUUGCCAAAUCAGUGAUAAGGUUCACUUCCUGGUCCUCCUACCAGCCGUGUUCAUUGUGGCGGUUUUGGUGGUGGUGGUGGUUUGGGGGCAGGUGCCUGAUGUGUAGUCUUUAAUGAGUAUCUAAUGGAUGUUUAAAAUACGUUUAUUCUCUGUUUACCAGGUACAAAAGUAUUUAUGGUACGUGUGUAUGGUGUAUGUAUAUGACUUGUCCAAUUACUAUUAACAUUUUCUAUAGCCUUAGAUAAUGCAUGAAAAAGCCUAGUCCAGUGCCACUCACAUAAGAAGGGCCCCAUAAGUGUUAACUAUUAUUUUCGUCUACUUGAUUUACCGCUUUCUAAAAGUAUGUUGAAGUGUCCCUCUGUAACUGUGGAUUUGUCAGUUUCUCUUUGCAUUUCUGAGUACUUGUUUUAUAUACUUUGAAGUUCUUGUUAGAUGCAUAGAUCCAUGAUUUAUAGUGGAAUGUUCUUUUAUCAGUUUUUUAAAAUUUGCCUUUGUCUCAAUGCUUUUCAUAUUGAAUUCUAUUUUGUCUGCUAUUAAAUAUUUCCACACCUGCUUUUUUGUAACUUUGCUUUUUUUAAUAAGAAAUGCAUGUAUACAGUAUAAAACUCAAUUAUAAGAAGAGUAUAUAAAUAUAUAAAAUAAAAAGGUUUUCUUAAGUACCGUCCCAUAGCUUCCCAGUGCCUCUGUCAGAGAUAGACAGUGUUGCUGUUUAUAAAGUCUUUCAUUUUUAUGUAUCAUGAAAUAAGCCAUUCUGUGCCUGUGCAAACAUAUAUAGAUGUACUUUUUCUGUCUUAUACAAACAGUGGCAUGUUACCAUUCUGUGCUUUUUUUAGUACAUGUUAGAGAUGGUCUCUCAUCAAUGCACACAGAACCUCCCUCAUUCUUCUUAAAGUUGAGUAUUAGUCCAUUGUGUAGGUUAACCAUAAUUGAAUCAGCUAGUUGUCUAUUGAUACAUUUAAAUCAUUUCUAAAGUCUUCUGCUAUUAAAAACAAUGUUUUAGUAGAGAUCCUUGAAUACUUGUCAUGCACAAAUAUUCCUAGAUACAGAUCCUUAGGAAUGAAAUUACUCAGUGAGAAGAUACUAUGCGUCUUUUGCUUUGAUAGUUAGAGCCGGGGGGCAG